UUGAUCAUUGUCUUAUUUCCGUCUUGCCAGUGGCCAUCAUCCUCGUUCUCGCUCGGGUAUCGCCACUGAUUGGAACACAAUUUCGGCGGGGAAUCUCCAUUGUGAGAACUUUUGCUGGUUCUGGUGAAUGAAGUGCGUGGCACAACCCUGAAGCCCGGUUUUGCUCCACCAUGCUGCUCCUGGACAAGGACGACAAAGGCUCAGACAGGGCCUCACUGCUCGCCCUCGAUGCCUCGUCGUCCACUGGCACUCCAACAGUAGUCGGCGUACCCCCCCCUUUGGUUCCCCGUCUCUCUCGCCGGCUCUUCCUUAUUCACUUGCUUCAUCUCCUUCUUCUCGCCAUCAGUUUGACAAUCCUCAUUGCGGGCGUUCUUCGCUUGGAGGAGAACGUAUCUGUUUCUUUUGCAAAUGUAGGCCGCCGCAUCCCCCCCUUUUCACCCCCUGGCUCACGAGCAUCGCAGGCUGCUCCUGUAUCCAGCUACUUGUCACUCGGGUUUCAGAUAUUCUUCACGGCAGCGGUCAUAAUUUUGGCUUAUUUAUCUCGUGUGGCGGCUGUAGAUUCUGCUAUUCGGCAUCGUACGUGGUUACCUUGUAUUCAAUUCUUGUCCUUAUUCGAAUGUAGCGACGAGUCUCGCCGAACUCAACCUUCGCAUCCGAGCAUGGAAUGGCAUAGCAUCCUCCCUAUCAAAUUGGAGAACCAGCUCACGACAGUCUUUGAACCCAUUCAACUCUGUCUUCACAACUAUUCCCCUGUAUUAUAUCGCUGCAGCAUGUUUCUGUGUCGUCAUGUCAAGCGUUCUCGGUAUGUGGGUUCCUUUGCGCCUGGAGCAUAAGUGUCACAUGUUUUGACACAGGCAUCCAAAUAUACAUUGCCAGUGCUGUGCGAACAGUUGACGCUUCGGUCAUGAAUCAUAUG